GGGCUCGCGCGAACAAGAGCGUGGCCACGAGAUGCGCAGAGCGAUACAUUUUGAUUACCGAACCUCUUGCGUAGCUUUCCCAGCAUUGCACGCGCACCUGAGGCCAGAACGCAGCUUACACGUGUCACAUUCGAAAAAGGACAUUGGACGCCCGCCAGAGAACAAGGAGACCGUGCGAACGCAAGUGCUGACUGUCGCCUUCAGCAUCUGACGGAGCGCCGAUAUCAUGGACAUCGACUGCCUGCCGGACAGCCUUUUGCUGGAAGUCUUCCGACAUCUCCAGUUCCAGGCCAUAUGCAAAUGCUCACGCGUGUGCCGACGGUGGAGGCGAGUGACUCGCGACUGGUCACUCCGGCGGGUGAUCAAUGUGACCUCGCAACCGCUGUCAGCUCUCCAGGUGUGGCACCUCGUCCGUGACAACGCUGGCGCCAACCUCGUCGAGCUGAAGAUCACGGGGUUCAAAACAGCCACUGCACGUGGACCCACAGCCAUGGUGUUCGGACACCUAAGAGACCACUGCCCUUCUCUCAAGGUCUUGCAGCUGACUGACGCUUGGCUGGAACGUUCUCUGGCGGACCUCACCACCAGGCUCGCGCACCUGUCAUUGAAGAGGUCUCUCUUUAUUACCGACGUCUUUCGAGACAAACGGGAACCGUUGGCGGUCAGCUCCCUGCGGUUUCUUGACCUGGCCAACUGCAUCUUCUUGCCGUGGUUCGACAUGGCUUCACUUACACAGUUUCAUUCGCUGCGCGGCCUGGUGCUCGAAGGCUGCUACCCACUCCUCGCCACUAGCUUUGCCCCGAGCAGGCCGAUGAUCACCAACCUUGUCCUGCUCAACAUCGAGCGCAUCUUCGUCUGCAACCGGGAGGUGCAGGUGGUGCUCCUUCAGGGCGCCAACCUCCAGUAUCUGUUUCUGGGCCACACAGGCUUCGAUGGGGAGGUGUUCGAAACGGUUUGGCGCCUCCUGAGAAACCAACGCCCGCUCCGCCUCACCCACGUCUGCCUCAGGUGCACGCAGAUACAGGAGCUGCAUUUGAACAAGCUCCUACAGAUGACGCCCCGGUUGCAGUGGUUAGCCGCGACGAGUGCCGACAUGUCGCCUGCCGCCAAGGAGCACGUGGAACAGUACCUACCCAGUUCCUGUCAGUACCUGGAGGUGGGACCCGGCAACCCGCGCAGCGCGGCGUUCUGUGGCCACUCCGUGCCCUUAUAAAAAUUUCUCUCAACAUGUUUUAGACCGCUUUUAGACUAUUGUUACUAGAACCUACCAACAGUCAAUAGAAAUCCUUCCAUCGGUCUUUAGGCUUCCUAACAACUCCCUAGUAACACCCUAGAAGCAAUUGGCCACCAACAUUAUUUAGAAACAUGCUCAUAGGUUGUCUGUGAACUUCCUACUAACUGUGUAGAAACACGUUUCUUUAGACCUCCUAUUAGCAUUCAUUAAAUUGAAGCAUGUUCAUAGGCUAUCUGUAAACGUCCUAUUAAAAAUUUACUAGCGCUUUCUUUAGACACCCUAGUAACAUUGUUCUAACAAUUGGCCACCAACAUUGAAUAGAAGCAUGUUUGUAUACUUUGUCAACAUCCUACCAGCUUUCUACUGACAGUUUUUAGGCCUCAUUAUGACUUAAUUAUUUCAAACCUCCUACCAACAUUUUCCCUUUACACAAUCUAGAAACAUUGUCCAGAGUUGGUCACAGUAUGUGAAUAAAAACAUGUUCAACGCUGCUUAUAAAUUUAUGCUAACCUGAAAAUUUAUAACUUUAGAUCACCCAGUACACCAGCACACCACCCUAUAAUGCUCAGAGCCGCAACUAUUAAUUUCAUUUAUUGGACGCUAUUAACGUCUGUCACCUUAUGUAUAUAUUUACGGGAUCUUAUUGGAGUAUUGAUAAAUAUCUAAGCUCUUGACGCGAUGUGCAGCUGAAGCCACAGGUUGCGAAAGGAGCUACUGAAAAUAAAGGUCUGACAAAUUGGAAGCGUUGCGAAGAUUGCAUCACACAUUUAUUACAUUAUUCAAUCAGUCAAACUUGGGAACCGCAGAAAUGAGACUGUAGUUAUGCGAAGCAGCUUCAGCAUUCUGGGCGUUAGUUGUAGUUGCACCUUAGAUAUUAUGGAAAUGUUUCUUUUUGUGAGAUUGUUGCUGUGAGAUCCUUGGCGUUGUAUCCUUUAAAAAAAGGGAGUAGCAGUUAGGCAAGAGCAAAGAAUUAGUUCAUGAUUGUCACAAAAGAGCGCGUAAUCCAAGCGCGCGCCGCGUGUCACGCAAGCCAGCGAAAGAACACGCCGGCCCCGCGGCAACUUCAACAGAGGCGGACAGCUCCUACGCCUCAAACAGCAACGCUAACAACGGCGCCGAAACGUCUGGAAGAGACUCGACGGAGCGACGUUAACCGGAGAGAGAGAGAGAGAGCACGCGCGCGCCGAGACACCUUCUCACCCGGCGAGUCGACAGACAUAACUACAGCGUGAGCGCGCGUCAACAGGAUGAGUCAUCACCCCCCCUCGAGAAUGUUCCGACAGCAGCGGUCGAAGGUACGAGAAAAGACGCGAAGCUUCCCAAGCUUUGGCCAUGCUACGAGAUCACGACACCGAUAGGAAAGUUCGAGAACGCCUGUGGGAGCUAUAUAACCGCCGUGCGAGAAUCAGAUGGAGGAAUCCAGGAAUUCGGGAAUUCAGGAAUUCAGUCCGCACCGGUGAAGUGAUGUAACGUGAAGACCGAGCGUCUGCGGAAGAAGGGGAUUCCCCGGCAAGCUAGUCGACGAGUUCAUCGAGCGUCUGCAUUUCCGGAAGAAGUUCUUUCUUCGAGAUUUGCUCGAGCUACGCCGAGAUCGUCUGACUCCAAGACCAACCAGCACGGUGAAUACGAUUGGACACUUAGUGUUCCUUUUCAUUUUGUACUUUACGUGUUGGACUCUUAGUGCUUGUCGUGUAUUAUUUUCUUGUGUUUGUUAAUACCCAUCUGAUUUGUAUUGUGUUGUAUCUAGCCUAAGUGUGCAAGUGUGUGUGUAACUGCCUUGUGUGAAGAAUAUAUUUUGUUGUGUUUUGACAACUCUGGGCUCUGACUCGGUCUUUGGACAGCAACCGGCGUUCGCUGGCGCACCAGAGGGCCCAUUCUUAAUUGUCCUUGCUUUCGUGGGAUUAUUUUCGGAAGCUGAUAAUUCGGCUUUGGAAUUUAGUCCGGCGUCUGCGCCUCGUUCACCGGGGUCUGUGACAAUGGUCAUACAUUAUUUACCCCAAAUUAAGUCAUCGCGACCUCUGUCAGAACCUCGUGUUUGUACGCUUCGCGUUUAUAGCCAAUUCAAGCGAACCGCAUGACGCGCAAUAGUUCGUUUGUAAAAAGAUCAUUUUUAAAACAUUUCACGUCACUGCAU